CAGGAUUCAGCAUCACUCACUUCCCAGGCAGCAGCCAGGAGCAUCUGCCCACAAACAUGGCUGCGCCCUACUCAGCUUCUCCUGGCCGGGACCGGGUGGCCGGGCUGGCCUUGCCAGUACUCGGGGACUUCCUCCAGCAGUCCGCUUCCUGCACCGCUGGCAUUUAAACCCGUGCCGGGGUCUGCGGGAUGCGGAUGCUGAGCUGUCCGCCAGCUGGGCAGGGCUGUGGCAUCCCUUGCGCCAUCCGGCUGGGCAGGAGCGGAGCCGAAGCACCUAACUGUACCCGGGUCAGAGCAGAGGCGGUCUAGGAGGGAGAUUGCGGACUCCAGCAUCUGGCAGUUUAAUUACAGGUUUGACUUUAAUUUCCAAGAUCGCAACCCUCCUACCCAGCCCCGAUAUUUUUCUCCGUCCUCGGUUGCUGGAUGAGUAGGGACUGGGCUUGAUCGCAGGAGAAGAGCUUGUUCUCCGCCCCGCGACGUGCUCCAGGGACCUUCAGCCGGGAGCCCCAGUCAUGGUGAGGCUGAGCCCCGUGCUCCGGUGAGCGGUGAGCGAGGCGGCGGCGCGAUCCUGAGCUCUGCGGACACGCCCUGCGGGGCACCUUCCCCAGGAACCAAGGGCACCGGGACGCGGGACUCCGCGCCCUCCUGCUGGGGCUGCGUGAGCGCAGGGGGCAAGCAGCAGUCGCGAUGUUCAGCUGGCUGGGUUCUGACGACCGCCGGAGGAAGGAUCCCGAGGUCUUCCAGACUGUGAGUGAGGGGCUCAAGAAACUCUACAAGACCAAGCUUCUACCUCUGGAAGAGCAUUACCGUUUCCAUGAGUUUCAUUCGCCCGCCCUGGAGGAUGCCGAUUUUGACAACAAGCCCAUGGUCUUGCUGGUGGGCCAGUACUCCACUGGGAAGACCACUUUCAUCAGGUACCUGCUGGAACAGGAUUUCCCAGGCAUGAGGAUUGGGCCCGAGCCGACCACCGACUCCUUCAUUGCAGUGAUGCAGGGCGAGGUGGAGGGCAUCAUCCCUGGGAAUGCCCUGGUGGUGGAUCCUAAGAAACCCUUCCGGAAGCUCAACGCCUUUGGCAAUGCCUUCUUGAACAGGUUCGUGUGUGCCCAGCUGCCCAACCCCGUGCUGGAGAGCAUCAGCGUCAUUGACACGCCAGGGAUCCUCUCUGGGGAGAAGCAAAGGAUCAGCCGAGGGUAUGACUUCGCCGCCGUCCUGGAGUGGUUCGCUGAGCGGGUGGACCGCAUCAUCCUGCUCUUUGAUGCCCACAAGCUGGACAUCUCCGACGAGUUCUCAGAAGUCAUCAAGGCCCUCAAGAACCACGAGGACAAGAUGCGGGUGGUGCUGAACAAGGCCGACCAGAUUGAGACCCAGCAGCUGAUGCGGGUGUACGGGGCUCUCAUGUGGUCCCUGGGGAAGAUCGUCAACACCCCGGAGGUGAUCCGGGUCUACAUCGGCUCCUUCUGGUCCCACCCCCUCCUCAUCCCUGACAACCGCAAGCUCUUCGAGGCCGAGGAGCAGGACCUAUUCAAAGACAUCCAGAGUCUGCCCCGAAACGCUGCCCUGCGCAAACUCAAUGACCUCAUCAAGAGAGCCAGACUAGCCAAGGUCCACGCCUACAUCAUCAGCUCUCUGAAGAAGGAGAUGCCUUCCGUGUUCGGGAAGGACAACAAGAAGAAGGAGCUGGUGAACAACCUGGCUGAGAUCUACGGCCGGAUCGAGCGGGAGCACCAGAUCUCGCCUGGCGACUUUCCCAACCUGAAGAGGAUGCAGGACCAGCUGCAGGCCCAGGACUUCGGCAAAUUCCAGCCCCUGAAAAGCAAGCUGCUGGAGGUGGUGGAUGACAUGCUGGCCCACGACAUUGCCCAGCUCAUGGUGCUGGUGCGCCAGGAGGAGACCCAGCGGCCCAUGCAGAUGGUGAAGGGUGGAGCGUUCGAGGGCACCCUGCAGGGCCCCUUUGGGCACGGCUACGGGGAGGGGGCUGGGGAGGGCAUCGAUGACGCCGAGUGGGUCGUGGCCAGGGACAAGCCCAUGUACGACGAGAUCUUCUACACCCUGUCGCCGGUGGACGGCAAGAUCACGGGUGCCAAUGCCAAGAAGGAGAUGGUGCGCUCCAAGCUGCCCAACAGUGUGCUGGGCAAGAUCUGGAAGCUGGCCGACAUCGACAAGGAUGGCAUGCUGGACGACGAGGAGUUUGCGCUGGCCAACCACCUCAUCAAGGUCAAGCUGGAGGGGCACGAGCUGCCCAGCGAGCUGCCCGCCCACCUCCUGCCCCCAUCCAAGAGGAAAAUCGCCGAGUGAUGGGAGCAGGGGGAGGUUCGGAGAAGGCAGGUGUUACAGGAGAUGGGGGAGGUGAUCACACACACAUGUGCACACACACACAGAGGCACAGAUCUUGAGGACUGCACUUCAGACGAUGGGGAUCAGUGACCCCCAGGUUUCCAGGCCGAUCUCUGUUUGGGCACAAGUUCUCAGCAUUGGCAGCAGCACAGGGGCACGCCCAUGGGUCCAGCUUUCAAUCCUCGGUCCCCAUCCCUCUCUCCUCUCCGUCCUCGCCUGUCUUCUGCAGAGGCAGCUGGUUCACCCGCCCACAGACGGCCCACCCACCUCCAGAUGCCCCGGACUCUGAGCAGAUGGAAAAACUUUUCACUUAAUAGGCAAUUCGCUUUGUGUUCUGAGCUUUCUCUCCGUCCUUGGCUUCCUACUAUGAAAUCUGCUCCGGGGCUGGGGGUUGUGCAGGCAGGGAGCAGAGGCAUCCUCGGGGAACCAGGUUCCCGACUGGAAGAGACACGGUGCUGGCCUCUGUUCUUCCCCCACCUUAGGCUCUGUCUCCCUCGGCAAGCCUGGCUUUGAACCCCGUGGACACUUCCUUUCAAAGAACCCCGGUGAGGGAGGGAGAGUUGGAAAACUGGCAGGAAAGAAAACAAAGAAAGUGUCUCGUCAUCCUCUCUUCCAAGCCAGUCAAGGUGGUUUCAUCCUGCAGAUCUUGUGAGGGCCGUGUUUUUUCCACCCGGCCUCUGAUGUGGGGAUGCUCAGACUCGACUCACAUUCCUCCAGCCCCCGCUGUACGCCAGGGUGACUUCAUCCCAUGUGGCCCUCAGCAGCCUCCGUGGGUGUAUGCAUUAGCCACUCCCCGCCCCCACAUUUUCCAGGGAAGGAGUCUGAGACUCGGAGUUUAAGCAACCAUUCCAAAGUCACCGAGGGCGGAGGAUUCAGAGCCAAGGCCCCGCUGCUCCCUCUGCCAUGAAGAUGUGUGCGGGGUCCCAGCGUCACUCGCCCCUGGCCACCCAUGCAGAGCAGGCCCGGCUUGCAGUCCUCCCAGCCUCCCCAAGCUGGCUGGCGAGGGAGAAGGGCCAGCCAGCGUUUGGUGGGCCAUCAGUCUGGCCAUCUGUCACACCGCAGAAGCAAACUGUGCCUUCUGGCUAUGCACCCCGUGUUCCUAAAGUUACAGAAGCCCAACGGCGCCAGCGGGAGAGUGGGCCUGCCCACUGGAUGCUGCUCGUGUCUGUCCUGCUCCACCUCCCACCCAGUAGCUGAGGCCCCCCAGCUUGUAGGCAGCCAGGGGCUCAGGGCCAACCCGAGAGGCCCCCCAGUAACGCCGGUGUCCUCCACAAAUCGCCACCAUGCCCCGUGCCCUGCACCCUCCUCCGUGGCCUCUCCCCUGGUUUGCUUCACGGCCACUGAACCAAUCACUUUGUAUGCUAUGCUCCUACCGUGAUGGAAAACGAAGACAAGUAUAACUUAUUUUAUAUCUAUGUUCAGACUCUAUAGAGAAUAUUCUAUGUAUCUAUGAUGUGCUCACUACUGUAGUAUGUUUGUCAUUAGUGUUCAUGUUAAUACAGCACAUUUAUCCUUUGGUACCCAGUUGA